AAAUUGGUAUAAGUCAAAUUCAGAUCGUCCUUGGGGUUUACAAUAUUGUUCGAAUAGUUUUAUUUUCUUUUUAGUGUAAUUCGCUUUGCAAAUAUGUUGCGGGUUACUGGGAAUAUCGCCAAAGAUAUUUUGUUCAGGAACCAACUGCGUAAUCUCAAGACUCCAGUUAUUCCAAUCAAAGAUGAAAAAUACCCACGCGAGACUGCUCUGAUAAAGAGUUUUGUGCCUACCACAAGCCUCUGUGAGACGAAGCGUUACAAAACGAGCAAAAGUGUAGCCAAAGUUGCACCGAAAUUUCCGCCGGUCCCUCUUCCAGGAAGCAAGUACUAUAAAGUAGGGGAACUCAGACGAUAUUCCCCCUUUCACUAUACUGGACAGAACUCAAUGGAGUGGGUUAUGGCGCGGGCUGAUGACAUUCUCAACUGGGGCCGCAAAGGCUCCCUGUGGCCUUUGACCUUCGGGCUCGCAUGCUGCGCUCUGGAGAUGAUACACUAUGCUAUGCCAAGAUAUGACAUGGAUCGUUAUGGUAUGGUGUUCCGUGGUACGCCCCGACAAACUGAUGUCAUCAUUGUCGCGGGUACCGUGACCAAUAAGAUGGCCCCGGUAUUUCGCAAGACGUACGACCUGAUGCCUGAUCCUAAGUGGGUGGUUUCAAUGGGCAGUUGUGCCAAUGGUGGUGGAUAUUACCACUACACAUAUAGCACUGUCAGAGGAGCCGACAGAAUUGUUCCGGUGGAUAUAUAUGUACCCGGCUGCCCGCCGACGGCUGAAGCCCUUUUAUAUGGCAUGCUACAGCUCGGUAAGAAGGUGAAACGCAUGAGGGUUUGCAUCAGUUGGUGGCGUCAUUGAUUUCGUUUACGUGACCGCGUUAUGUCGUUAAAAUUAAAUUAUGG